UUACAAUAUUCUCCAGUAUAUAAUUAGCGGGGAGUCCCUGCGCCAAUUGAGUGAUCCAAAGGUCACCGCUAGGUCGCAUUGAUAACCCCCUCCCGCGGCCCGUCAGUCUAUUAUCAGUGUGCGAAGAGCCAGUGUCGUGGCGGGGCUAGUGUAGCGCGAGUGGCAGGGAUGGCGCACCCUGAACAGACCAAGGGCUGCCGGGCCGCCGUGGUCGCGGGCGUAGCCCUGGUGGUCGCCGUCAUAGGGGUGGUGGUCUCCGCGAGUGCUCUGGUGGCGCUGGAGGUGCGCAGGGACCAGCAGGUGCGCGAUCUACAGGUGCAACUGGAGGCUCUCCGUCAGAGGGUAGAGGCUAUGGUACAGCAACUGGAGCAUCAUGAUAGAGUCAUCAACACUACACUCCAAACCAAAAGCACACCUAAAAGUGAACCGACAGAGGAAGUGGUGUAUGAAGAUGAGUACGAUUAUGAUGACGAAGAUGAAUACGAAUAUGAUGAGGACGAUGAACGAAACACCAAAGCAACGGUGAAGAGAACGGUCGUGCAGAAUGAGAACGGAUCAAAUGAGGAACAAACAAGGCACAAACGACAAAUAGACAUUCACGAGGAGAGCACAUCAUAUUCAGCAGAGCAAGACGGUAAACCAGCUCCUCAUAGGACCACGCCACCUCAUCCUCCACUUUAUCAGGAAAGACCUCCAGAAACAGUGAGGUAUAGACACAAAAACAGCAGAGCAAGAAGCAGACAUGCAAGUGAGAGAGAUUCGUCUGUAGAAUACACGAGAGCUCUCUCUCAGCCAGAGAACUUUGCAGAACAAUCUCUCUCUGUCGCAGCUCACUUCACUGGAGACACCUCCAGAUACAACCAACGUGAUCAUCAUCACUAUUAUGGGAAUGAUUUAUUGUAUCAUCCACACAACUUAUUUAAGGAUUGGUCACCUGCGAGUUGGAUGACUGAAGAAGAUAGAAGAUUAUUUCCUAUUCAAGAUGGGAAAGUAACAAUUCAAAAGUCUGGCGUAUAUUUUGUGUAUGCUCAGAUUUUCUACUCAGCCACUCACAACCAUUGUGGAUUCCACAUAAACCACAACGACCACGAGGUUGCCCAAUGUACGACUUCCACUGCAGGCCCUGGGCUGAAACGCAACACCUGCUUCACGGCUCUGGUCCUUCGACUGGAGAGACAAGACCUUCUCUGGGUUAAGGAAGUAGAGGGUCACAGGAACACAAGCUUUAGACACUCCCACAGCUACUUCGGCCUGAUCAUGCUUGGAAGCAGAUUUGACAGAUAGCCGAGACUGAAGACUGCAUCGCUCUCUGAGAUCUUGUUGAGAACACUGGAAGGGGUUCAGAACCAAUUGGAAAGUGUCUCUUCAGGGACUUUGUCUUUCUUAAUAGUAUUCUGUGUAUAUUUUUACUUUAUUAUCCGGUAAAUUAAAUUUUGUAUAAAGAA